AACCCCCCCCCACUAUUACGCCAUCAACAGUUGAUACAAGGCUUGAUGGAUCCAUGCUUUCAUGCUUGCAUUUAUCCAAUUCUGUGUUGCCCAUGUGAACUGUAGUUCAAUUUCCUUUUCUUGACACAGGAAACCCACACCGGGUGUCACUCCUGCUGCAAUCACCAUCUGCAUCAAGACUUGACGUAUUGUCCAUUCAGAGAUGCUCUUUUGCACAUCUUGGAUGAACAGGACUGGAUUUCAGCCACUGCAGCAUCAGCAACACCAGCAGCAGCGACCGAUGCCUCUGAACUCCUCUGAUGGAAACCGGACCACCUCCGCCUUCACCUCCAAACUGACCCCAGCUGCUGACAUAUGCGUGGGACUGGCCAUCUUCUCCAUCGCUCUGCUCUCUGUAAUGGGGAAUGGGCUGGUGCUGGUGAUCUGUUACCUCAGGAGGAAGAAGAUGGUGGGCUCGGAGCUGCUGUGCGUCAACCUGGCUGUUGUCGACUUCCUCAGCUGCAUCUGCUUCUACCCGCUCGCCAUCCUGUCCUCCUUCCACCACGCCUGGCUGGGAGAAAACAUCACGUGCGUUUACUACGGCUUCGGCUGCUACAUCUUCGGCUUGUGCGGCAUGUUCACCAUCACUGCCAUCAGCAUCAUCCGCUACCUAAAGACCUGCUACAGCUUGGCUUACGCUGUGUGGCUGAAAGGAACCAACAUCCGCCUCUUGUGCUGUGCUAUCUGGCUGGUUGCUACAGUGUGGUCCAGCUUCCCUCUGUUCGGCUGGGGCGAGUACGUCCCCGAGCCUUACGGACUGUCCUGCACAAUCGCCUGGCAGGGUUAUCACACCUCUGCCAAGGAUGCCUUCUAUGUCAUCUGCUCCUUUGCCUGCUUCACGCUGGUUCCCGUCCUCCUCAUUGUGGUGUCGCAGUGCAGGAUCCUCUACAAGGUGUCCCGCUUCUCCUACUUGCUGUCUGCUAGGGGCAUCCGCAACAACCUGCGCCGCGCUGAGAAGCGGCUCUCCAUGAUGUUUUUCUGCAUCAGUUUGGGUUUUGUAAUUGCCUGGGCUCCCUACGCUGUCGUGUCCUUCCUUUUCAUUUUCCACAAGGAGCACCGGUACAUGGCUCCGGAGGGUUUCGUGUUUCCCGCCCUCUUCGCCAAAAGCUCCCACAUCUACAACCCAUUCAUCUACUUCUACUUCAACAAGACUUUCCAGCGGGAGCUCCACCGGCUGCUUCUCUCAACCUACCACAAGCUGGGAGGAAACCGAGUUGGGGUCCACGUUACCACAGCCCAUCAGGCUCCAUAUUCAGCUCCAGGAACAAGGAUCCAGCCAAAGAAUAAAUUGGGCUCGUCUCAGGGUGGAACUCAAAGCAAACAUAAACGCAAAGUACUGCAGAGCAGCAACAACCACGACAGGCUGGUGUACACCUGCUGGGGCUCCACAUCGAAGAAAGCCUCCACCAUCUCCAAUAAUAAACCUGCCAGGGCCUCCAUGCCUAUCUCUAUAUAAACAAAUUAAUUAGGAGUCAUUUCACUAAUGUUUGAGAAAUUGCUGACUUCAUCAUGUAUCCCAACAACCAUUAGUCUAACCCACGUGGGCCAGGGUACCACGUAGUGUUGCAUUUGAGUUCACUGAGAUGAGCAGUUCACAUAUUUGGGCUAAUUCUGUGUUGCCAGUGUUUCCCCUGCAGUGGCCGCAGCCUGCACCACUCUGUGUGUGUUGGGGAAGUUUUACAGUAAGAAACUUUUACCAAAUGUCAUCAUCUAUGUGGUCUUAACUGAUCGUAAAGAAAGCUGAAGAGGUAAAAACCACAUCAAAACUGUACAGAUAUUUUUUUUUUUUUGCUAUUUUGUCUCGUUUCUUGACUCGUGUUGUUUGGAUGAGCAGCUCUUGAGAAAAGCUGCGACCAGUCUGCCCGUUCUGCACGACUACGUUUUGAACACACACUCACACACAAUCAGUGAAUGUAUCUUUGUCGCUGUCCUCUUUUUCAAACAAUAACUUGCCUGCAUGUGAUACGUUUGCAGGCUCUGUACUGCAUUUGCUGAUUUUGUAACUUAUGCGUGAGACUGUGAGAACGUAUUUCGACCAGUGUGUGUCCAAAUACUUCGACUCAGAGAGAAAGCAUGUGAGGACUGUUCACAGGCGUCAGACGAACUGGAAUUCAGCUUGACACUGGAAUUUCAUUUUUUUAAAACGAGACUUGCAGUCUUUGAACAUUUAUGUAAUUUGGACAUUUCAGUGUUUCAUUUUUAAUAAACUUAUAAAACAACUCAAAA